AUGCCUCGAGCCAGUACAGCGCCUGGCGCUCGGCUCCGGUGCCGAAGGGCUUGUGACAGCUGCAAGAGGAGGAAACAGAAGUGCAAUGGCGAGCAUCCGUGUACGAUCUGUAUCCAACGUCGCAAAGAGGCUGAAUGCCAUUUCUCCGAUAAGCCAGCGCGGCUGCUAAGACCAAACAACAAUCCGAAAGAGGCAAUGUUGCUUAGCGAACACUUAGUACCGACGCCGCAAAGGCAAACGGCCAUGGACCACUUGCUCAACUCGCUUGAGGAUCAAGGCGCGAACUUGGAGCAACAGGUUCCAGAUGAUAAAGAUGGCGCGGCACCUGUGCCCAAGGUCGCGCGACUGCUAAGGGACGGCCAGGGGAAGUUUAUGUAUAUCGGAGACUCUGCGAGUCUGUCAUUUCUGCAAAGCGUUCGGCGCAUCGUUUCGCUGUCAAUUGGUCGAUGCGAGUUUACGGAAGAUACCUCCCGACAUUCGAUGCUGGAAGCUUUCCAGAGCAGCUCGACGACUCAGUCUGGACCUUUGAUUCAACCUCCAGAUAAUGAAGAGGCGCAGAGACUUGCCCGCCAGUUUGUUCUAGCGACCAGUCCGCUGCUGGAUCUAUUUGAUCUGGAGGAAUUCCAUCCUCGUCUCUCAAACUGGAUAGGAAACCCUACGGGCGACGAGGAUACCGUUAGUUCGAUAUUCUACCUAGUCCUCGCUAUCGGCGCGCAAGUAUCCGACGCCAACCAAAACCUAGCCGAGCAAUAUUUUGUCAGUGGCCGGCAACUGGCAUUUUCCGCAUUUACCGAGACUCCCAGUCUGUAUACUAUUCAAUCAUAUGUCCUUAUAUCGAUGUAUAUGCUUGGUGCUUGCCGGCGCAACGGUGCCUUUAUGAACCUCGGCAUCGCGCUCCGGGCAGCAUAUGCAGUAGGCAUACAUAGAAAAGAUGCGAAUUCUCUAUUCACCGCGCGGGAACGAAGAGCUCGCGAACGCGUGUGGAAGAGUCUUCGUAUGAUGGACUUAUUCCUCAGUGCGUCCUUAGGACGACCGCCUGCUACGUCGGAUUUCGACUAUGACCUGCGCGAGGACGAGACUCGAAGAGAAUCACAUUUACCUCAAGAUCAGUUAUCAUUGACAGUGGUAUCGCUGUGCCGCAUCUUUGAGCGAAUCCUGACAGAGGUGUAUAUGCGGCAAGUUGUCUCAAUACAUGUUGCAGAGAACAUAUCAAAUCAACACCGAACCUGGGUCCGAAACCUGCCCGGUUUCCUCCAAGUGCAAACCGAGCGUUUAGAGUCCAAAAGCAUAGAAGAGAGCCUAGCCGCCGCGCAUGUGUUCGGCUCAUACUACUGGUCUAUCAUCCUCCUAACGCGCCCUUUCCUUAUCUUCUGGGUCUCUCAAUACGUCCGAAGCAAAAAGGACUCCGCCGGAGUCCCUGAAGCCCGCAACGGCACAUCCCGUCUCUCCCUCUUCGCCGACGCCUGCGUCUACUCUGCCCUCCGUGGCCUCGACAUCAUCGACGGUCUCUCCAAAUACGACACCCUCCCGCGCAGACUACCCUUCCUAAUCAACUCCGUCUUCAAUUCCGCUGUCGUCCUCGGCGCAGCGUUUUUCGCCGACUACGACAACCUCCUCCCGCUCGAAGAGGGGUUGAACAAGGCAGAAAAGUUUCUCAGCCUCUUCGUGCCGCAUGACCCGCAUUCCUGCCGUUUCCUCCAAAUAGUCAAGUACCUCCGCGGUGCGGUGGCCGAGUACGUCCGCCGGCGUAAUCGCCAAUGGAUGGACCGCCGCAGUCGACAAGUCGACCAGCUCUUCGGGCAAGUCGGCCCUGCUAGCGACUCUGCCUCGCUUGAUCCUACCACUACUACUCGCAACACAUCCGCCCGACAUCAAGCUGAGCCCAUCAGUGUCCCUUCUCCCCUCUCCCCAGACAAACUUGCACCAUUAAACUCCAACGCCACGCCUAAUCAACCCGCGCAACCCUCCCCUAACCCUGCAAAUGCAACUCCUCAUACGACCCUCCAAGACAACAGCAUCUGGGACGCCCUCUGCGGCGCCGCUGCAACCGGUUCCUUCCCAUACGAUGGGGCAAUCUCAACCCUAACAACAACAGGCAUCCCCGUUGGGUUCUCACCCGGAGGCACAGGAACGAUUCUUCCGUCUGGGUCUACUCCUACCAUGCCUACCGCUGGAGCGGGUGCAGGCGGGGACGGGCAGACCCCGCUAUCUGAUAUGAUCCUGUCUGAUAAUGGGCUGCUGUAUAUGGCGGAAGAUCUGCCUGUUUUUGGGCUUUGGGAUGAGACGUGA